UCGUUUUCGCAGCGCCCGACCAAGUCACUUCCGUCGUCGUCGUCGAUCGCACGAACCAUGGCUUUAAAGCGCAUCAACAAGGAGCUUCUAGACCUCGGGAAGGACCCCCCUGCCAACUGCUCGGCCGGUCCCGUCGGUGAUGACUUGUUCCACUGGCAAGCGACUAUCAUGGGCCCAGAAGACUCCCCGUACUCGGGUGGCGUGUAUUUCUUGAACAUCCAUUUUCCCGCAGAUUACCCGUUCAAGCCGCCGAAAGUCAACUUUACGACGCGCAUUUACCAUUGCAACAUCAACGCCAACGGCGGGAUCUGCUUAGACAUUUUGAAGGACCAGUGGAGCCCUGCCCUCACUAUCUCCAAAGUGCUUUUGUCCAUCUGCUCGCUGCUGACGGACGCCAACCCAGAUGAUCCGCUUGUUCCCGAGAUCGCCCAGAUUUAUAGAACAGACCGCUCCAAGCACGACGCGACUGCACGAGAAUGGACUGCCAAGUACGCCAUGUAGACUGGUACUUGGUGCAAAGAAAUGUAGUCAACGGGUCAACUUGUUUGGGCGUUUGUGAGUGAAGGAGAACAGCAAGUGGUGGUGCUAUGAAUGUGUGGGGCGGAGUCGUGUGGGUAUCCCGACGGAGUCAUCAAGUCUACUCACCACGACUCGCUCGUGCACACUUUUAGCUGACCUGCAUUGCUUCUGCUCAAUCAUUUAAACUCGACUAAAAACUUGAUCCGA